UAGCAAUAGCAAUAGGCAUCGUUAGCCAUCUAUAAAAGAAGCCCAUAUGCAGCCAUCAACAGGAGGACCAUAUCCCACACCCCCACGCAUAUGAUCUGUGCUGUCUCCCCUCUCUUUUCUCCUCUCCUCUCCUCUCCUUUCCCUCCCUGCCUGCUUGCUCCGUUUGCUUGCCUAAUUAAGCUUACUCAAACAGCGAGCUUCCGAGAAGGCAGGCCGGCCUGCCGGACCAGAACCGUAGCUGAUUGAUUGAUCAAUCAGCCCCUCUCGACACACAGACCAGUGUUGGGCACAGAGGUUCUUUUGUUGCGUUGCCUCGUCCGUCGAAGCUUAUCGACCGGUCGGUGGCUCGACACCGUCGUUGACGUCCGAGCUAGGGCGCCCGGAGUUGUUGAGUCUUUGGAACCGUAGACUCCGUCGACGUCCACACCCUUUGCCAUCAAUCAUCGAUCUGCCCUGCUUGAUAGAGAAGUGUACAUUUAUCGCAUCGUCCAAGAAUCCCUGUGCCAGUCGUUUGAUCAGUUUCCUUCUCUCGGCGUCGGCGGCGCGGCGAUGGACACUACCUUUGGCUGGGCCGGCGCCGGACAGCAUGUUGAUGACUACUUCUUGCGUCAGGUUGGAUGUGCUCGGUUCGAGAUGGACGAGGCCUUCCUUGGCGCGUGCUUUGGACAGCUACAGUGUGACGGGGUAGGCGGCGGUGGCGAAGCGGGAGCAUGCCAGGUGAGCUCGAAUUUUGGUGCUGCCGGUGCCGGAGGCUGCCCUGGUCUGGAGGGUGACCAGCUCGCGUUUCCGAGCGCGGGGACUGGGGACAUGUUUGACGCCGAAAUGCUCGACGCGGCGCUCGCGUUCUCGAGGGAGCUCGGUGAGGGCGGGGCCUUCUCGAACGGCGCCAUAUUCUCUAGCUACAGUGGAACCACCGGCGGAAACAUCUCCUCCGGGGAGUCCAACAACUACAGCGGCGGCUGCGGCAGCCAAGACGCCGAGGUGGCGUCGCCGACGUGCACCAUGUCGCCCACCACGGCGCCGUCGCUUGCCCACGCGUCAACCCAGCAGGCGCUCCACCCCAAGAGGAAGGUGAACAACGAGUACCACCCCACCAUCGCAACAACCGCACCGCCACCGGCGCCGUUCCCUCUCCCCGGAGUCGCGAAGCGGCGUGCGGUCACCGCAGUGACGAGCAUCAACUUCGGCCAGGGCCACGGCGCGCGCGACCCCACCGCCGGGUACGAGCCGGACAUGGAGGCGAUGGCGCAGGUGAAGGCUAUGAUCUACCGCGCGGCGGCCAUGCGCCCCGUCAGCCUGGGCCCCGAGCCGGCCACCACCGCGGGGGCUGCCUCGGAAAAGCCCCGGCGCAAGAACGUGCGCAUCUCGAGCGACCCGCAGACGGUGGCGGCGCGGCUGCGUCGGGAGCGCGUGAGCGAGCGCCUGCGCGUGCUGCAGAAGCUGGUCCCCGGCGGCAGCAAGAUGGACACAGCGUCCAUGCUGGACGAGGCGGCCAGCUACCUCAAGUUCCUCAAGUCCCAGGUCCAAGCGCUGGAAACCCUAGGCACCACCAACACCAACAGCACCAGCACAGCAAGCAGGUCACAGCACCACAACUAUUACAGCAGCAGCAACCCUGGCUUUCUUGGGUUCGCAAGAAGCAGUAACAUUUCUCCAGCUGGGUAUGUAAAUCCUUAUAAUGGAUCGAAUACUGGCAGCAGCAAACUGUUGUAGUACUGUUCUUGUAUGACUGUGCCUUCGAGUGGACUAUACAUGCAUCAUGCAUGCACGUUGCUGUUUCGUACUUUUUGUUUGGUCAGGUUUCGUUGUUAGAUCACGACGUUCUUAGUGAUCAUCUAUUAGUAUUGCUUAGUGCAUAUUAGUACAGUAUCCUCUCAAAAAAAGAUACCCGUACGGUAUUUGAGGUUGUAGUUAUAUAUGUGCAAAAGUUGGAUCUACUUCAUGCAUUGUUGAAUGAUGCAACUGCAGUGAGAGACUGCACGCAGCAGGCCGUAGAUAUGA